CGUAUUCAUCACCAUCCUCCACUUAAGUACGUAUGUUUUGAUUCCUCCACUUUCUUCUUCUCAUUUCACUACUACCUAUCAUGAAUAUGUUGGGAUUAAACACACAAAAACCCUAUUUGCUUUUUCUUCUUGUUGUAGCUAUGGGACUGUUUUCAUUUUCAGUUCAAUCCAUGAGGUUUGAUUUGCCAAAUGGUAAAGGUAAAGCAAGAUGUUUCUCCGAAGACAUGAAGAAGAAUACAAUGGUAGUUGGCAACUACUCCAUCGUCAACCCCAACGAGGGUCACCCUUUACCCGAUAACCACACUAUCACCGUUCAGGUGGCUACACAUGGAAGUAUGGCGAAAUAUCAUCUUGCAGAGCGUGUUCAAGCAGGACAAUUUGCAUUUACAGCAUAUCAAAGUGGUGACUACGUAAUAUGUUUUGUGGAUAAAACUGAAGAUCCCCACGUAUCACUCUCUAUUGAUUUUGAGUGGAAAACUGGUAUGGCAGCCAUUGAUCGGCACAGUAUUGCAAAGAAAACCAACGUUGAUAAUAUGACACAAGAAGUAAAAAUCUUGCUUGAGAGUGCUUUGUCCAUUAAGGAGGAAAUGUCUUAUCUUCUUGAACGGUCGGCAAAUCAAGACAUCACAUGGAGUUAUGAAGGCAAGAGAAUGAAGAUCAAUGGAGUUCAACAUGUUUUUUAAGGCAAAACGAUGUGAGAAAUUAACGUCUGAAGUUCCAGUAUGAAAUUAUGGAAGAAGAGCACUCAAAAAACUAAGAAAACGGUAUUUUUCGCACAUUUUCUUGCCCCAGGCGCAUGGCACCCACAUGAAGGUGAAAUUCCCUGCCCCAUACACCCCAACAAGCGCCUCCAUAUGCCCCACGCGCAUGGUUCUGGAAAAAAAAUGCUUAGUUGCUUAAUUUGCAAGUUGGAUCUAUGGAACAAAAACCCGAUUCUAUUUUAACCUAGUUGGUUUGGUUUUUACAUU